GCCCCCUCCGCCCCCCGGUCCCGGCACGGGGCUCGGGGAUGCCCGCCAGCAUGUUCAGCAUCGACAACAUCCUGGCCGCUCGGCCGCGCUGCAAGGACUCGGUGCUGCCGGUCGCUCCCAGCACCGCCGCGCCCGUCGUCUUCCCGGCCCUGCACGGGGACUCGCUCUACGGCGCCGGCAGCGCCGCCUCCUCGGACUAUGGCGCCUUCUACCCGCGCCCCGUGGCCCCCGGCGGCGCAGGCCUCCCGGCCGCGGUCGGCGGCUCCCGCCUGGGCUACAACAACUACUUCUACGGGCAGCUGCACGUGCAGGCGGCGCCCGUGGGCCCGGCCUGCUGCGGGGCCGUGCCGCCGCUGGGCGCCCAGCAGUGCUCCUGCGUCCCGACGCCCCCAGGCUACGAGGGCCCCGGCUCGGUGCUGGUGUCCCCGGUGCCGCACCAGAUGCUGCCCUACAUGAACGUGGGCACGCUGUCGCGCUCCGAGCUGCAGCUCCUCAACCAGCUGCACUGCCGGCGGAAGCGGCGGCACCGCACCAUCUUCACGGACGAGCAGCUGGAAGCGCUGGAGAACCUCUUCCAGGAGACCAAGUACCCGGACGUGGGCACGCGCGAGCAGCUGGCCCGGAAGGUGCACCUCCGGGAGGAGAAGGUGGAGGUCUGGUUUAAAAACCGCCGGGCCAAGUGGAGGCGGCAGAAGCGGUCCUCGUCGGAGGAGUCGGAAAACGCCGAGAAGUGGACCAAGCCGUCUUCCAAGGCGUCGCCGGAGAAGAGGGAAGAGGAAGGUAAAAGCGAUUUGGACUCGGACAGCUGACGGCCGCAGGCCGGCCUGGCGCUUGCCUCACGGGAAGGACUUGCACAGACAGACGAUGCUACUUUGUUGCACACACGCUGCCUUGCAGGAGGGGUCGGACGAGGAACGAGGAAGGAGGAGCUGUAAAUAGUGUACAGAGCCGGGAG